AUGGCUUCAACUUGGCAGAAAACUCAGGAAUUCUACAACUGGAUUCUUGAAAGUGGAGAUCCAAGGACAGACCCGUGGCCACUGGUUUACUCCCCAGUUCCAGUCACUCUGAUCUUGACCUCCUAUCUCUUCAUGGUGGCACUGGGACCGUCCUGCAUGCGGCAGCGGCAGCGGCUGGAGCUGAGGGCUCCGCUACUCACCUACAACCUGGCCAUGGUGGCAUUAUCCAGCUACAUGUUCUAUGAGUUUCUGGUCACUUCAGUCUUGGCCAACUACAGCUACCUGUGCCAGCCAGUGGAUUACAGCCGGAGUGAGCUGGGAAUGAGGAUGGCAAGAGUGUGUUGGUGGUUCUUCUUCUCCAAAGUCAUCGAGCUGCUGGAUACGGUUUUCUUAAUUCUGCGCAAGAAACAAGAGCAGGUGACUUUUCUGCAUGUGUACCAUCAUGGCUCUAUGCUCUUCAACUGGUGGUCAGGGGUCAAAUACGUGCCUGGAGGACAAGCCUUCUUUGUUGGGAUGCUGAACUCCUUUGUCCACAUCUUCAUGUAUGGCUACUACGCCCUCGCCAGCCUGGGACCGCGGAUGCGCCAGCACCUGUGGUGGAAGCGUUACCUGACCAUCCUGCAGCUGUGCCAGUUUGUGGCCAUUGCUGCUCAUUCUUCCUACAACCUCUUCACAGAGUGCCCGUUCCCUGAUGGCUUCAACACUGCAGUCUUCCUCUACAUCCUCAGCCUCCUGUCUCUCUUCCUACGCUUCUACUAUCAGACCUACAUCAGGGGAAAGAGGGAAAAGCUGACUUGAAGGAAAUCAAAGAGGACAGAGAGCGCAGCCUGAUGAAC